UGCUGGCGCUACCGGAAGACUGCCUGUCAGAGUGCGCUGCCAAUGUCUCGCCCAACCUUUAGCCGGAUCUCCCUUUCACUUCCGGUCCCAUUCUUUUACGUUCCCGACAAAACAUCAGUCUCUGUGGGCAGUUAAAAUCUUAAGUUCUUUUGAGCGUCGGCUUCGUCUGCGCCUGUGGAGUUUCUUGGACAGGAGUCGCGGGGCUCCAGGACGGCGCCCUUAGCGACAACAUGGCCCGAAAUGCAGAAAAGGCCAUGACGGCCUUAGCAAGAUUUCGCCAGGCUCAGCUGGAAGAAGGAAAAGUGAAGGAACGAAGACCGUUUCUGGCCUCAGAAUGUACUGAGCUGCCCAAAGCUGAGAAAUGGAGACGACAGAUCAUUGGAGAGAUCUCUAAAAAGGUGGCUCAGAUUCAGAAUGCUGGUUUAGGUGAAUUUCGAAUUCGUGACCUGAAUGAUGAAAUUAACAAGUUGCUGCGGGAGAAAGGACACUGGGAGGUCCGGAUAAAGGAGCUCGGGGGUCCUGAUUAUGGAAAAGUUGGCCCUAAAAUGCUGGAUCAUGAAGGAAAAGAAGUCCCAGGAAACCGAGGUUACAAGUACUUUGGAGCAGCAAAAGAUUUACCUGGUGUUAGAGAGCUGUUUGAAAAAGAACCCCUUCCUCCUCCCAGAAAGACACGUGCUGAGCUCAUGAAGGCAAUCGAUUUUGAGUACUACGGUUACCUAGAUGAAGACGAUGGUGUUAUUGUGCCUUUGGAACAGGAAUAUGAAAAGAAACUCAGAGCUGACUUAGUGGAAAAGUGGAAAGCAGAGAGAGAGGCUCGACUGGCAAGAGGAGAAAAGGAAGAGGAGGAAGAAGAGGAGGAAGAAAUAAACAUCUAUGCAGUCACUGAGGAGGAGUCGGACGAGGAAGGCAGCCAGGAGAAAGGAGGGGAUGACGGCCAGCAGAAGUUCAUUGCUCAUGUCCCUGUGCCCUCGCAGCAAGAGAUUGAGGAGGCACUGGUGCGAAGGAAGAAAAUGGAACUCCUCCAGAAGUAUGCAAGCGAGACCCUGCAGGCCCAGAGUGAAGAAGCCAGAAGGCUCCUGGGGUAUUAGGGCCCAGUUGGGGCUCUCCUUAGAGUUCUUCCAUCCCCCAGUAGCCCUGCAAGACCCAAGGCUGCAGACAGGCAGGCCGUUGCUGUGAGGCCUCCUGCCCUUUUCUCCACCUUUCUUCCCUCUCCUUCUUAUCUUGUGCUGACCCAGGGGUAGGGGUCUGUCCCUGGCCUACCUGGUAGAUUUUGUACACUAUUUUGCUACUGUAUGGAUCCAUUUAUUUUUUUUGUGGAGUGUAUAUAACAGGUUGCGAACUGGC